AUGUCGUUUGGAGGGGACAUCGGACUCGAUACAACAUCGUCGUCCAAUGCUGCUGGCAAUGGCGGCAACCAGGGCGAGACAAUCGGAAGACCUGCCACCCCUCAAGACGCAACCGUAAAAGCAGUUCACGAUGUUACAAGCUCAGAGAUUGGAAUAUCAACUUUGUUAACUCGACUGAAACAAAGUAUCGCUUCCGCAAAGGAAUUCGCAAUUUUUCUCAAGAAGAGGUCCAUUAUGGAAGAGGAACAUUCGAACGGUUUAAAAAAGCUGUGUAAGGCAACUGGAGAUAAUAUUCGCAGACCAGAGCAUCGACACGGAUCGUUUCUACAGUCAUACGAAGAGGUCCUGAUUAUACACGAGCGAAUGGCCGAGAAUGGGGCUCAAUUUGGCGUGUCUCUACAUCAGAUGCAUGAUGAUCUUAUUGAAAUGGCUUCGAAUAUAGAGAAGGGCAGAAAGCAUUGGAAGAAUACUGGGUUGGCAGCAGAACAACGUGCUGCCGAUACCGAAUCUGCCAUGAAGAAGUCGAAGGCGAAGUACGACUUUCUGGCAGACGAGUACGACAGAGCCCGCACUGGAGACAGGCAAGCGGGAAAGAAAUUUGGCCUCAAAGGCCCCAAAUCGGCAGCGCAACAUGAAGAAGACCUUCUCCGUAAAGUCCAGGCUGCCGAUGCAGAUUAUGCAUCCAAGGUACAGGCUGCGCAAAGCCAACGAACUGAGCUCUGGUCGAAAUCAAGACCUGAGGCUGUGAAAGCUCUAGAAGAUCUCAUUCAGGAAUGCGACUCUGCAUUGACAUUGCAGAUGCAGAAAUUUGCAUCCUUUAACGAAAAGCUACUCUUAAGCAAUGGCCUGAACAUAAGCCCCAUCAAAGCAAAAGAGCAAGGGACGUCAAAUCGUAGUCUCCGCGAAGUUGUUCAUGCAAUCGAUAAUGUUAAAGACCUGAGCAACUACAUCAGUAGCUUCGCUGGUAACAUGCAAUCCCGGAUAACGGAAAUCAAAUAUGAGCGUAAUCCGGUUUUGCAACCCGCACCGAAUAUCGCUCAGCGACAAUCAGAUCCCAACGCUCUUCAAGCUCGACAAGGGCCCGUAAUACCACCACAGCCAUCUCACCAGGUUCAUAUGAGCCAGCCUUUCAAUCAAAGCAGUCCCCCAGCUCACCAGCGCGAAAGAAGCUUUAGUCAUGGCCCAUCUCUUUCGCAACACAUUGUUGCACCUACUAUAUCGCCCACUAACCCAGUAUCUACCUCUCCCGACUUCACUACCUGGUCACCUCGUGCAGAUGGACCCCCCCAGAUAUCAACCUUGCCAUUCCAGCCACAACCUCAAAAUGAGACAACAAUACAACAGACACCGCAAAAUCCUACAACACAUGCACCAGUGUCCCACGGCCCACCCUCGGCACCAUUAUUCGGACCAGGAUCGGCUCCAACUCCAGGUAACAACACUCACCUAGCACCUUUGAGACCAGUGUUUGGUCUCAGCCUCGAGGAGCUCUCUGAGAGAGAUGGCUCUGCUGUUCCAAUGAUUGUCUACCAGUGUAUCCAAGCAGUUGACCUCUUUGGACUCGAGGUUGAAGGAAUAUACCGGUUGUCUGGUACCGCGUCUCAUAUAAUGAAGAUCAAGGCAAUGUUCGAUAACGACGCAUCCAAGGUGGACUUCCGUAACCCGGAAAGCUUCUUUCACGAUGUGAAUAGUGUGGCUGGUCUUCUAAAGCAGUUUUUUCGCGAACUCCCAGACCCUUUAUUGACCAUCGAGCAAUACCCUGCAUUUAUCGAGGCUGCAAAGCAUGAUGAUGAAAUAGUCCGUCGCGACUCUCUACAUGCCAUCAUCAAUGGCCUUCCUGAUCCUAAUUACGCUACUCUUCGAGCCUUAACUUUACAUUUAAAUAGAGUACAGGAGAGUUCGGCAUCUAACAGGAUGACUGCAAGCAACUUGGCCAUAGUCUUUGGCCCUACACUCAUGGGUGCUAAUUCAGGACCGAACAUGCAAGACGCUGGGUGGCAGGUUCGUGUCGUUGACACCAUUUUGAAAAAUACUUAUCAGAUAUUUGACGACGACUGA